GUGCUUGUUUAUUUCCCUGGAAAACAGCCAGCCCCCGAAAACUCCUCGGCCAAGAAAGAGACAGAAGGAGGGGGGGAAACAAGCCCCCACCCGCCCAACAAACUGGGGCGCACUCUUUCUCUUUCGAUGGAAAGGGAAAGUCUCCUCCGCCCCCGCCGCGUUCGGUGCCUUUCAGCCAUUGUCCUCAGCUUUCCCCGGUGACGCUUGCCUGGGGAUGCUCCGCGCAGCUGGAACGUGAGAGUGGCCGGGCGGGGGAAAGUGGGCUGCUGUUUCUGGAGAAGGGUUAUUAGGCAGAGCAAGCUCCACCGGGGCGACGCUUUGCUGCCUCCGCCGCCAUCGCGGACUCACUCAGUUGGGGAGCUCCAGGGCAGCAGCCGGCAGCACCAGGGGAGAGGCAGGCCGCCUUGGUCCCUGGGCGCGAUGGCGCCGCCCUGCCUGGGUUACCCCGCCGGGGCGCAGGGGAGCGCAUUUCCCGGGAGUGCCUCCCCCCCUGGUGACGCCCGGCAGGCAGCGAGAGAGGCUGGCCGCCCAGGCUUCUGGAAGAGCCAGCGACCGAGACCUGUUCCCCAAGGGGGUAUGUAAACACACAGAACUCCUCCUUGGUUUCCAGCCGAGCGAGCAAUAUGCCUGAACAAAGUAAUGAUUACCGAGUGGUCGUGUUUGGAGCUGCAGGGGUUGGCAAGAGUUCUCUGGUUCUCCGCUUUGUGAGGGGAACCUUCCGGGAGACGUACAUUCCCACCGUCGAGGACACGUACCGCCAGGUGAUCAGCUGCGACAAGAGCAUCUGCACCCUUCAGAUCACUGAUACUACCGGGAGCCACCAGUUCCCAGCCAUGCAGAGACUGUCCAUCUCCAAAGGCCAUGCCUUCAUGUUGGUUUACUCCGUGACCAGUCGGCAGUCCAUCGAAGAGCUUCAGCCCAUCUACGAGCAGAUCUGCCAGAUCAAAGGAGACAUCCAGAAGGUCCCAAUCAUGUUGGUGGGGAACAAGAGUGAUGAUUCACAGAGGGAAGUGCAGGCCAGCGAAGGGGAGGUCCUGGCCACCAAGUGGAAAUGCUCCUUCAUGGAGACGUCGGCCAAAAUGAACUACAAUGUGCAGGAGCUUUUCCAGGAGCUCUUGAAUUUGGAGAAGAGGAGAAGCGUCAGCCUCCAGGUGGACGGCAAGAAAUCCAAGCAGCAGCGCAAGAAGGAUAAACUGAAAGGCAAAUGCUCAAUCAUGUGAGAUGCCUGGGUUCUGCGCUGCCUUUGUGGUUGAAGCAGGACUUCUUCUUGCGUUGAAAACUGUCUCGCCUGUCCUGAGAUGCGCCUGGAGUAGCUAUUUCCCAAGGAGCUGACCCAGGAUGUUUUUGCUUUAUAGUCUAAAUCAGGCAUCCCCAAACUUCGGCCCUCCAGAUGUUUUGGACUACAAUUCCCAUCAUCCCUGACCACUGGUCCUGUUAGCUAGGGAUCAUGGGAGUUGUAGGCAAAAGCAUCUAGAGGGCCGCAGUUUGGCGAUGCCUGGUCUAAAUUUUGUUUAGGCUGUUUGAAUAUUCACUUGAUGGAAGUUGGUUUGCAUGUUUUGUUCUGCACUAGCAGGCUUUUCCAAAACAGCCACUGUUGCUCUCCAUGCCCCCACCCCCACCCUGCAGCAACCAGUAUUAGCCAUUUAUGUCACAGGACAAGCCGCUAGGGUCACGAGCAUUGAGGAAAAGCAACAGAGGGUACUCUUGUCCUGCAUUUUACCACUGCUUCUGAAACCAUCUCCAAGUUGCCAUAGCCCCUCCUGCCCUUAUGCAAAUGCUCAAGGAACCAAGCAAUUCUCAAUUCUCACUAGGGCUCCGGUCAGUAAGCCAGAAACAAACAAAAAUAGUACUGUGUCUGAUGUUUUGUUCAUACUUCAAGGGCACCUCUUCAGAUGGAUGCAUCACCAGGGUAAAAUCAAAUGUUGAUUGCGGUAAAUGAUGACUUUUGAUCAUUUACCGUAUUUCUUUGAAUCUGCGUGCUUGUAGGGAAGGAGAAGCUGCAUUCCUCACCAAAGAAGUGCUUGUUGUUUCCUAUUACAUGUUAAAACGUCAUUUGUGGUGUUUGUAUAUUGGCGAGGAUUUUAUGUGAACGAUUAAAGUGAUUUGAGUACCUAGUGUGCAUCUGUUGACUUCUUAACCAUAAGCAGAUCCAAGGUUGUCUUCUCCUAAAAGCUAGAAUUUGUGGUCAAAAAUAUAUACUCUCUGUGCUUUUCAAAUUGAGGGUGGCCAAGAGGUGAACUUCGGUGUGCCUUGGGCAGGGAUGGGGAAAGUGUGUCCCUCUAGGCAUGGAUUCCAACUCUCAUCAGCCUCGACCUCCAUGACCCACCAAGCAGUAUCUGGAAGGCUACAGAUCCACCAUACCUGGUCUUGAGUCAUGCUGCACAUUAAACAUUCUCCAAUCUCCAUUUUGCUACAACUGGCUGCAGACGUAUUCCACUGUCGUCGUUGUUUUCUUCUUCUUUGGCGAUCACUCGUAGCCAAGUAAGAUUAAUGGAGCAAUGGCUAAGUUGUAGAACGAAGAUGUGGCUUCCACACAAGACGUUUAAGGUGGGAUUGUUGUGCCUCCUUUGCUCACAUUUUACAGGGCGCCUAUUUUGUGCUGUCCAUUUUUAAUCCUCCUGUGUUUCCCCAGUGCUACUUCUACCUCUUUUCUCACCUCAGAAGGUCUGGUGUUUGUAUGAAGGUGGUGGGUGGUUGGUUGGUGGUGGAAGGUUAGCACCCAGAGCAGGGCAUCUAAGGAAUCUAAUGAGCAAGAGGCUUCGUUGGUGUUUAAUCAAGUCUGUCCAGCGAUCUGAUGAGAUGAAGUGGACAGUUUAUUUCUGGGAUGAUUGAGGUUCCUUAUUGUUACUAACAUUCUGCCAUACAGUUCUAAUAAAUCCAUCAGAACUGGUAAAUGCAUAAUAACCGAUAACAAGCAACGGAAUGGAAAAUCACAAGCAAACUUUUUAUACAUCACAGUUGACGUUUCAGCUUGUAGUUAUCAUUUAAA